UAACAAAACGUAUCCCUAUCGCGCUUGGCCACCCCUGUCUUAGUUCAGUGGAGUUCAGUCAACCUUCCGACCGCUUCCCGGUUACAUCUCGCCACUCCUGCGCAACUAGUCGCGCCGUGAACGCGAUCCACGGUACACUAUCAAGAUGCAGUGCUUCAUCUGCGUCACGUAUAUGAUAAUUUUAUGCAGCGCAAAUCCAACGAAAACUCGAGAAAUUGCAACAACCCACGAGAAACGUUCCCUAUUCCAUGACGUCAUAGAAUCUCUAAGAAUCCAUUCUCAACUUCCUGAGGAGAUAAAUCAAAACGAUGAAAACAAUUUGUCUCAAAAUUUUGUACGAUAUGACAACGAACCAGCGCAUUUGCCAAGCGAUGCUGAAUACAUUCCGAGACGAAAUGAUAGAAUCGAGAUGCCAUCAAUGAAGUAUCGAUUCCCAAAAAGUAUUGAUACUAACACGAGUGAGGUGAAGUCUCGAGAAGAAGUUGUUGUGUUCAUAGACACAAACAGACAUAAAGCAACAACCUCAAAACCAAAAAAGGAUAAACGUCCACGCCCACCGUUUAAUAAAAACAAAAAUCCAAAUAAGAAUAAAGAAAAUGAGGACAAUGUAAAUGAAGAAGGUGAUGAUGACGCUGACACUGAUGAUUUUACACCAUUAACCAACACAAUGGCAGGACAAAGCCAAAUUGGUAAUAGGGAAUCACAAACAGUUCUGAAACCAACAGUCAUCGUGAACAUUCGAGGUACCGUCACUCAUAGAGACAGUGAUAUUAGAAUUGAAGGAAGAGAAGAAAAAGUAAACAGAACUGAACCUUACCAAAACAUUUUCAACAUAAACCAAGAAAUCAAAAUAGAAAAAGAGGGGAACAAGAAAAAGCCUACAAAUGUAAAGCAGGAAAUUAAAUUGGUUCCCGAUAAAGAAAACGCUAAAAUAGAAGAUGAUAUGAUGAUGUGUGAGACUGCUACUUGGAAACCAGACAAGAGUCAGGAGACCCGUAAAUUCGACAGUGUGCUGCAAAUCCUGUUUUCUAUUUAGUGUUUAUUUCUCAGCUCAUUCCCAUGGCAAUAAUUUACUAACCGCCAUACUCAGAGCAAUUUAAUGGUUACUUAACCCACUCCUUAGCAAUUGUUUUCAGAACAAAAUCGUCACUAAGCCAAUAGUUUAUGUAACCAUUAAAUGUCUCUGAGUACGGCAGGCAGUGUAUUAGUAGUUUAUAAAUUGAGUUAAAAUUGUGAUAGACUGAACAACUAGUGAUAAAAUGCUCAAUAACAAUUAAUCUUAAGUCUUUUAACAUCCAAUCAGAUAAAAAUCAGCUAAUUCUAGUUGUAAUUCAUGAAUUUGAUUAACUUAAUUAUCUUGUAUCGCCUCCCAUUGUAAGUGUGUAUCAUUGAAAGACAUAAUUCAUCUCUGUAAUGGUCACUUUGUAUUGAUUAAGUUGUCUUCAUUAUAGGUUAACGCUUUGAACAUUAUUAUUAAUUACAGUUAGUAUUUCAUUAUACCUUUCACUGAUCUAUGGUUUAGAACUUAGAACUUUAGUUAAUUUUAAACCAUGACUGUAUGGUUUAUAAGAUUUAUUCUGCUGACGUCAUUUUAUACAGAUAAUAUGUAAUUAUUUACAGACCAUUGUAAUCAAAA